AUGUUAAAGCCUAAGUUCUUUGAACAGACCUAUGGCCAGUCGCAUGUUCUGGGCUUCCCCUUCGGUCGGAUUGUGAACGGCGAGAGCGCGGAUAUCGAAAACUUCCCCUACCAGGUGUCCGUCCAGACGACCAAGGGCUCCCACUUCUGUGGCGGCAGUCUGAUCGAUUCGGAGACCGUUUUGACCGCUGCCCAUUGUAUGCAAUCCUACGCCGCCAGCGAGCUGCAGGUGCGAGUGGGUUCCACUUCCAGGAGCUCCGGUGGUGAGGUGGUCACCGUCCGCGCCUUCAAGUACCACGAGUGCUACAACAGCAAACUGAUGAUCAACGAUGUGGCCAUCAUCAAGCUGAGCUCUCCCGUUCGCCAGACCUCUAAAAUCCGGGCCAUCGAACUGGCCGAUUCCGAGGCCGUUUCCGGAGCCACUGCAGUGGUCACCGGCUGGGGCACCACCUGCUUCCUUUUCUGCUCCUCUCCCGACACCCUUCAGCAGGUGGAGGUGGAUCUGCUGCACUACAAGAACUGUGCCGCCGACACGUACAACUACGGCAGCGACUCGAUCAUGGUCUGUGCCACCGGGGAGAAGAAGGACGCCUGCCAGGGUGAUUCCGGUGGUCCUUUGGUCUCGGGCAACAAGCUUGUGGGCGUGGUGUCCUGGGGCAACGGAUGUGCCUGGACCGGCUACCCCGGCGUCUAUGCCGAUGUCGCCAGCCUGAGGAGCUGGAUCGUUGACACCGCUGACUCGUUGUAAAUGGAAAUAAUAUAAUAUAAUG